AUGGAAGCGUAUAGACCUGUUUUGGGUACGGUAUUUGCUAAAGAGGAAGAUGCAGCUUCCAUGUAUCAGUCAUAUGCUGAGAAAGCUGUAUUUGAUAUUAGGUUGUCGACAAGUAAGAAAUCAACAGAUGGCACUGUUACACUUAGGUAUAUUGUUUGUAGUAGAUCAGGAAAGCCCAAUUGCCAAAAUGUUGAUUCAAUGGUUUUGAAUUCAUCUUCUAAGUUGCCUCGUAGCACUAAUUACAAGGUUUCAGACUGUAAAACUAAAAUAAUGGCUAAAGUUUUCAAGGGUUAUCCUGGUUUACGGUUAUAUGAAUAUGUUAAGUCUCAUAAUCACCCGUAUAAUAUGAUUUUUGUUCCUUUUACGGGGGUUGAUCACCAUAAGAAUUGCGUAACAUUUGCGGCUACUCUUCUUUAUGAUGAAACUAUUGAAUCAUUCACAUGGAUGUUGGAACAAUUUCUUGAAGCACAUGGUAAACAACCGAGGCUAGUGUUAACCGACCAAGACCCGGCAAUGAAGCAAGCCAUAGCUAAAGUUUUCAAUGAAUUUGUCCAUCGUUUAUGUAUGUGGCAUAUUAUGGAUAAACUUCCUCAAAAUAUUGAUGGUGAUGUGUUACAGAAUAGCAACUUGAGGGUACGUAUACAUAAGUUGGUCUGGAAUGUUUUUGUCAUUCCUGCCACGUUUGAGAAGCGAUGGGAGUUAUCGAUGAAUGAUUGCAACUUGCAGCAUCACAAGUGGUUGUGUGAUAUGUUUUCUAUUAGAGAUCAGUGGGUCCCAUGUUAUUUUAGGGACAUACUGAUGUUUUGUUUAAUGAAAACGUCUAGAUGCGAAAGUUCAAACGCACUUUUUAAGGUAUACUCUAGCGCAUCGAAUACUUUGGUUCAGUUUAUGUUGUGUUUUGACAUGGCAAUUGAUGGUCAACGCUAUCGGCAACGGGUUUUUGAGCAUAAAACCGAUUCAACAUCUCCCGUCUUAUCCACUCUGUUACAUAUAGAAGCACAUGCAACACUUGUAUACACCAGAAGCAUUUUUAAUGAGGUCCAAAAGGAGAUAUCUAAAGCCUUAUUAUCAUGUAUGAGUGGUAGACCUGAUUUUGUUGAUGGUUAUGAACAUUAUACAGGUUCUCCCUUUGAAAAAGGGACCGUUAUUGGUGAUUACACGGUUAAGAUCAAUCUGAGUGAUAAUUCAGUUACAUGCUCAUGUAUGUCAUUUACACGCAUUGGAUAUCCAUGUCGUCAUGUUUUUUCUGCAUACCGAUUUCAAGGCAUAAACAAAAUUCCUGACAAGUAUAUAGCACUAAGGUGGAAAAAAGAUGCGUUGCCUAAGAAAGUGUUCAACAUUGAAUUCCGUUAUGGUGUUGACAACUCAAAAAGCUUUAAGCUUAGGUCAGAGGCGCUGAAUUUAGCUUAG